ACAUCGGAGAAGAUUCGCAGCAAAGGAGCCGUUAACUUUUUGGCAACCAAACGUUGAAAAAUAAGUUUCUCAUCGAAAAAAAAAAUGAACUUCGAUCGAAAACCAGUAGGAUAGUAGCUCGAUUUCCUGUGGAUAACGAUGGAUGACAUUUCUCUGAGGAAACGACAGCUGGACGACAAACUAGCUCAGGAGAAAAACAUCUUGGCUUUUCUCAAAGACAGCUUGGAAAAGACUGAUCAAAUUACAGGGAACAUGCUUGAUAUCUUGUCCAAGUUUGAGGUGCGCAUACAUAAACUGGAAGACACCAUUGUUCCUGUUCAUCGGGAAACUGAUGACUUGCAAAGAAGACAAGCUAAUAUUGAUAAAUGUUUGUCGGCAUUGGAUCAUGUGAUUAGUUAUCACCAUGUCUCUGCUAGUGUGGAACAUGUCAUCAGAGAUUCCCCCACUGGUCAACUUGAAGCUUACAUUAAAAAUCUUGAAAGAGUGCUAGAUGCAAUUGAGUUCUUUAAUCACAACAAUCCUAAUUGCAUGGAACUCUCUAGCCUGACUGCUCUGCGUGAUUAUGGACGUGACUCACUAGAGAAAGAAUUCCGCCUGAUGUUAAACAGGCACAGUAAACCUGUUCCUGUGGAGAUGAUUGUGGAACUGGUGGAGAGUGAGACAGAAAACUCAAAGGAAAAUGUCAAGCUAGAGCAUUUAUCAGAGAAAGUUUUAGAAGACUUAUGUACCAUAACCCACUGGCUGAAUGGACCUGGAUAUGAUGAAACUGUGGAUUUUAUGAGUGUCUAUGCCCAAAUCAGAUCGAAUUCCCUUGUGCGAUCUCUACAGGGGUUAAAAGAUUGUUAUGGUAGCAAGAUGAAGUCUGCUCCAGGUGGUAUAACCACACCCACCAGAAAGGGAACAGCUAAAAGAAGAGAAGGCUUGCGUCGUGUUCCGUCAAAGUCAGAACAUCAUGGUCUUCCUCGUCGUACUUCAGCCAUCCCAACAGAGGUUGGAGCUUCCAAAGAAGAAGAAGAGGAAAUUGAUGCUGCAAACUACAUUGUGUUUUGUAAAUCUUUGCUGAGACUCAUACAGAGUGAACGAGAGCUAAUGAAGAGCAUCAUUCCCGAGCAGAGUCAAAGCACCACUUUUGAUACACUUAUUCAGGCCGCUAUGGAGGAUUUCAUUGCCGAAGGGGAGUCCAUCAUAAGUAUCCUGAAGCGACAUUUUGGCAAGCACAACUACUCCGCCAUUCAGCAGGUGUUUCCAAUACUUAAGGAAUUCAAUGCUAUUCAACCCGAUUUCUACGUCACACUGCAGGAGACAUUUCACAGAACUCAAAAACAGUUCCCAACUCUAAUUCAUGAAUUGGAGUCCUUGUCUGCCAAGGCCUUGGACGAUUUUAAGGAGGGCAUUAAGCAAAAUCCUGACAAACAUUCUAACAUGCCAAGCGAUGGAACAGUUCAUGAACUCACUAGAAACACACUUAUUUUCAUGGAACAGCUCCUACCCUACACUGAAACAGUAGGAAGCAUGUUGGUAACUAUGCAAGAGGACCAGAGCGGAAAUUUCUUCACAAGAGAAAAAGAACUCUUCGUAAAGGUUGUUUCUGAAUACAUUCAACGUGUACUUGGGGCACUGGGACUGAAUCUUGAGCUCAAGGCAACAGUGUACGAGGCACCAACGCUUAGUUCUCUCUUCCUGCUGAAUAAUUACAACUACAUAGUAAAAGCCUUACAAAGGUCAGGUCUCCUCACUCUUCUUCAGGAAGGUGGAAUUACAGGGGUUGAAGAUCAAUACCAGCAGUUGAUCGCUGAGCAUAAAGAAACCUAUCAGAAGUGCUGGAAUAAAGUUCUUACUGUUUUAAUGGAAGUGGAGAAACCAAUGUCAGGUCAUAAAGGAAAUGAUCCACAGGCCAAGCUGAAAGAUAAACAGCGACAAAUGAUAAAGGAUAAGUUUAAGGGUUUUAAUACAGAAUUUGAAGAGCUUUAUCAGAUACAGAAAACCUAUGCAGUCCCUGAUACACAGCUUCGAGAUCAACUGCGGGGUGAGAAUGUGAACCUUAUUCUACCCCUCUACUCUUCAUUUCGACAGAAAUUUGCUAAUUUACCCUUUACAAAGAAUCCUGAAAAGUACAUCAAAUACUCUGUGGAGGCUGUAGAAGUCAUGAUGAAAAAGUUCUUUGAUGUCUCGGCAUAACUAUCGUCCUGUUGCUAUACGUAUUCAAUACCAAAUAUUGAUGGUGUUCUGUUUUUUUUAUUCUUUUAAUUCAAGUUAAUGGCAUUUAUCGUUGCUAAAGUACAUUUAAAAGACAAACUUUGUUGUUCAUAACAUUUUGUAAAGUCAUUUUUCCAGCUUUCAUGCGAAAACUAA